GGUCCUAUCUCCCCGGAGCUCGGCACUGGGAGUCCGCCUACCCCGGCAAAGGAGGGCGGGUCACAGGCUGCAGGCCGCCCGGAUCGGGUGUUGUCGGUCACAGGCCGUGGCCAUGUCGGACUAUGAGAUAUCCGUUCAGGCGCUCAAUGAACUGUUAGCCAACGAUGGCGGCUUCUAUUGCCUCCCCUCCCAGCACUUCAACGAGGUCUUCCCCCGGAUCUACGUGGGCAACGCGUUUAUUGCCCAGAACAUAAUGAGAUUACAACGCCUUGGAAUCACUCACAUCCUAAAUGCUGCAGAAGGGAAUUCCUUCAUGCAUGUAAACACAAAUACUGCUUUCUAUGAAGGAACAGGCAUUACCUAUCAUGGUAUUAAAGCUAAUGACAGACCAACAUUUGACCUCAGCUCUUACUUUGAAGAAGCCUCAGACUUCAUUGACAAAGCAUUGUCGCAAAAAGAUGGUCGGGUCUUUGUCCACUGCCGUGAGGGUUACAGCCGUUCUCCCACAUUGGUCAUAGCUUACCUCAUGUUACGUCACAAGAUGGAUGUAAAAACAGCUGUUGCCACAGUCAGGCAGAAGAGGGAGAUUGGACCUAAUGAUGGUUUUCUGAAACAGCUUUGCCAGCUCAAUGAAAAGCUUGUGUCAGAGGGAAAGGUCAAGAGUUAAUACCACCCCAGAACUACCAUAUUAGUGCUAUAAGUACAAUGUAUUCCCAUAGCAGGGUUUUUAACGUAGACACCAUAACCUGCAUACAGAGGAGGUGGCCAUUUUGUAGGGUGAGUGUAUGUACAUGGGAUUGUAGCCUAAAGACAACUCCGAGCUAAUAAACAUGCAUUUGAAUUUGCAUAAACAUAUGCCCUAAUCAUAUAGACAGAUGCGUGUAAUUGAAUAUUUCCUGUUUAUAUUAAAUUGUCAUCCAACUGAAGUUUUAAAAUUGGUGAAUAUUAGAAAUGACAAGUGCCUGAGCGGUCUUCUGAAACUAA